AUGGUGGCGAUUUAUGAUGUUGCUAAUGAUAUUGUUAAACGGUGUUUGGAAUUCAGAGGUUUGGAUAAGGAUUCACAGGAGUACAAAGAUCUUGUUGAUGUUAAAUUGGAGAAGAUCCACAUUUCUGUCAUUCCUUUGAGUGUUGACCAAAAAAAGUUGCUAGAUGACAUUAUAGCAAUGGUGGAUCUUCCAAAUAAUUCUGACGUCAAAGAUCACAUCGACUGUUUAGAGGAAGCGAACAACAUUAAUGAGGCCUUAGAACAUUUCCAUGUUGAAUUGUUAAAAGAGUGGGAGCUUGCAAUGGCAGAGUUGAAUCCCUUCAUUGUAGUGUGCAACAUAUAUGGUAAGUGUAUAUAUGAGAUCAAGGAGUUGAUCAAAUCUAGAAACUUUAGCUAUCCUAAAUCUGCAGAUGGUGAUGGACAAAUUCAAGCAAUCAAUCAUAAUUCUCACACAAAAAUGAUAAGCAUUCAAAUAUACUAA